UGCGUGAGCAGUGUUUCUAGCAGCAGUUGUUUUUACAACAGCAGAACUAUCUAGACGUGUUAGCUAAGAUUUUCUGACACGUUUGAAGAUGGUUUGCGAGAAGUGCGAGAAGAAGCUGGGGCGAGUCAUCACGCCUGAUACCUGGAAAGAUGGGGCUAGAAACACAACAGAGAGUGGUGGUCGAAAGCUUAAUGAAAAUAAAAUGCUGACAUCAAAAAAAGCCAGGUUUGAUCCUUAUGGGAAGUCUGGAUUUGCCACCUGCAGAAUAUGCAAAAGCUCUGUCCAUCAGUCUGGUUCACAUUACUGUCAGGGAUGUGCUUACAAAAAAGGAAUUUGUGCCAUGUGUGGGAAGAAGGUCCUUGACACCAAGAAUUACAAACAGACCUCAGUUUGAUUUAUUAUUGGUUGAUGGAGAUUCGUCUUUAGCUGAGAAGGGGAUGUUUGUGGAUGUCUGUGUUGACUCUUCCCAGUGUUGAGAGAAUGAUUGUGUUGAGUUCACAAAAGAGUUUAGUUUGCUGCGGUUUGUGGUGCAAAAGGAGUGCUCUAAGUUUAUGACUGUAUUUAUAUAAAAUAUUCAGUGGCAUUUUUCUCUCACUAAACAACCUUAGAGCAAUAUAGUGGCUUGUACUGUUUGGACAAUGUAGAUGCCUUUGAGUACAUUUGCUGGGGAGCAUGUUUUGAAAAUGUUCUUAUUCAUGAUGACAGUGGUUAGGCCAUUUCAU